AUGGAUAUUUUCCUGGACGUUCUGGAUACAUUGAUCCUCGAUCGGUGCUAUGCAUUACUAUCACCAGACCCAGCAGCAACCUUCAACAAUGAUACUCUCUCCACCGCAAAUUUGAAUCGCCAUGUCCGGGUUUAUUACCCUAUGCAGCCCUCAAAAUGGGCAGAGGCAAGCCUUUGGAAGAGAGAUGACAUUGCUAGACAAGCAUUGUCAUUAUACUUGAUCACAUGGCUUUUCGCAAUGAUCAUGUACCUCCUCGGUAGCCUCCUACUAUACCACACACUGUUCGACAAAAGAUUACUCCAACACCCGCGCUUCCUCCCAAAUCAAAUCAAACUCGAGAUCAACCAAGGCAUCUCUGCGAUUCCCGUAAUGGCCCUCCUCACUGUCCCCUUCUUCCUAGCAGAGAUCCGGGGAUGGUCAAAGCUAUAUGAUUUCACCAGCGACUCUCCAUUCUCCGGAUACACCUUACUGCAAUAUCCAUUAUUUAUCUGCUUCACAGACAGUGGGAUUUACUGGAUCCACCGUGCUCUACAUCACCCGCUCAUCUACCGUUGGCUUCACAAACCACACCAUAAAUGGGCUGUACCGACGCCGUUCGCCAGUUAUGCGUUUCAUCCAUUGGAUGGAUGGUCGCAGAGUUUGCCAUACCAUAUCUACCCGUUCAUUUUCCCUUUGCAGAAAGGUGCAUACCUAGGGCUAUUUAUGUUUGUUACUAUUUGGACAGUACUGAUCCAUGAUGCCGAGUACAUGCCGGCAUCGGCGAUAAUUAACGGCGCGUCUUGUCACACAAUGCAUCACCUGCACUUCAACUAUAAUUAUGGGCAGUUUACAACGGCGUGGGAUCGUAUCGGAGGAACAUACCGGAAACCUAAGGGUGAUAGUUUCAUGGAAAGCCAGCAGAAACUUGGGGACAAGCGUGAUUGA